AUGCUUCUCGAUACGUACGAACCGCCAGCUACGGCGGAGGCUCCAGAGGAGCCGAUGGAAAGAGUGGUCCGUUGGCUCCAAGCCAUCGAGGAUGGCCUUCGGGCUCCCGAGAACGAGAACGAGGACGAGGAUGAGGAUGAGGAUGAGAGGCUCCUGGACACCUUCGAGCACAAGCGGGCGCGAGAGGCCCAAACUAGUUAA